AGUCAACAUGUAUGAGUUGAAUUAGAGAAAUAAACAAAUCUAUUCAACUAAAGAAAUAUUAAAUGUAGACUAUAAUCUUGCAAAUGUAUCAUCCGUUUGGUCAUGCCCAGUGAGAUUACAUUUUAAAAUAGUUGUAAAAAAUAACACUCGUAAUGCACCAUGCCUUGGCUCUGACUCCCAUUACUUAAGUUUCCGUGCCGCCUCAGCUCCCCCAUCUCCAGUGAAGCGUUGGUGCGUGUGCCAGCAUAUGGUCACUGCCACACAAAGGAGAGCGGGAGGCCACGAGUGCUGCGCCUCCACCCGUCUUUCAUUACCUUUCUAUCUUACUCGCUCUGACCCCCCCUUCCUCUCUCCCCAACAGCCAUGCUGGCCAGCUGGCUGCCAGCUCUGGUGUCACUUUCCUGGCUUGUGAAAGAGGCAAUGAGUGCAUGAGUUUUUGUUAUUGAAUGAGAGUUGAGCAUGAGCGAGAAAGAGAUGGUAACCUGGUGGGAGCCAGAGAGCUCCAAGGAGCUUGUUCUGUGUGCCAUAACUAACUCAUAGCAGCCAUGAGGAUGGUGCUUCAUCGGGCCAUCCAGGCUGCUCGAGCAGGCGAUCUUGCAAUCCUGAGGGAGCUGGCAUCUACUGGUCACCUCUCACCUGCCAUCACUGAUGUUCAAGGUGCAUGCCCGGUGCACCACGCGGCAAGGUGUGGACGCCUGGAAUGCCUGCAAUUCCUGGUGAGCGAGCUGGGGCUGGCAGCAGACGCCCGGGCCUUCAACAGGGCCACACCAGCACAUGAUGCAGCAGCUACUGGACACAUCCGGGAGCUGCAGUGGCUCGUAGACCUGGGAGGCUGCAAAAUUGAGGAUAGAGAUGCUGCCGGUGCCACUGCGCUCCACCUGGCAGCCCGGUUCGGUUGUGUGGAGGUCAUUACGUGGCUGCUCUCUGUUGGAGGUGUGGCCGAGAUGGAGACAAACUGUGGAGCUGUCCCUGCUCACUAUGCUGCAGCCAAUGGGGACCUCACCUGUUUAAAACUACUUGUUCAACAGGCCCCUGGAUGUGUGAACCACCAGACUGUCAUCGGUGCUACGCUGCUGUAUCUGGCCUGCCAGGAAGGGCACCUGCACGUUGCAGAGUACCUUGUGAACGACUGCAGGGCUGACGUCCACCGGAGGGCCCACGAUGGCAUGACCUGCCUGCAUGCUGCUGCUCACAUGGGCCACCAAGCUAUGGUGGUGUGGCUGGUGAGCUGCACUGAUGUCAGCCUGUCCUGCCAGGACAGAUAUGGAGCGACUGCGCUGCACUUUGCUGCCAGCAGAGGGCACUAUUGCAUCUUGGAGAGGCUGCUUCACAUGGGUUCAAAGGUCAUCAAGGACUACUGGGGAGGGACCCCACUUCAUGAUGCUGCAGAGAAUGGAGAGCUGGAGUGCUGUAAAAUCCUGUUGGCUAAUCGAGCGAACCCUUCAGAUCACGAUAUUGAUGGGUUCACGGCAGCAGGCUUGGCGGAGUACAAUGGACACCAUGAAUGUGCCAGAUAUCUCUCUGCCAUGGAGAAAAAUACAGCCUGUGCAGAUAAGCCCAUCGAGGUCAUUGCUCCAGUGGAGGAAGAAGUGAAGGUAAAGCCGGCUGUGUUGUUGCAGUGCAGCAGGGAAGACUACUACGGCAGCCUGAGUGACACAUACAGGGACAGUUACAGCAGUAACACACCCAUGGAUAGUUUAAAGCAACCAGAGAGUGAGGAGUCCCCGCAGGCGAGGUACCCUCAGCCCCCUUCUGCACCUGCUUUAGCUGCUGCUUCAUCCACACCUGCCAAGCCGGGGAAAAGUGCUGUCAACAGAAUAGUGCAGGUUCAAAUUGCAACAUCUGUUAUUAAAGGUUUCAAUCGGCCCAAGGCCGCUGGGAGUGAGAUGACUGUCUCUGCUGAUAAGACGAUGUUGCCUGAUACAAACCUCCUGGCUGGAAGAAAACUUCUUGGCGACAUGAAGUCCAUUAAAUCCUUAAAACAAUCAGGGAUAUCAGGAACCUUCACUGGACAAGCAAACAAGAUGGUGGUCCUACCCACUGAGGAGGCCAACCUGUCGGACAUCGACUACCUGGUGCCCACUCAUGAUGAGAGAGGCCGUCCCAUCGCUGAGUGGAAGAGACAAGUCAUGGUGAGACAGCUGCAGGCCAGGCUGCUGGAUGAGGAGGAUCAGAGGAGGAAGGAAAAUGGGAACAGAUAUGCCAAAGUCAGCUGGAGGUACUCCCAAGCACACAAUGCCAUCCUGGGGCCCUCUGGUGAGCUGCUGACUGAGGAUGACCUCAUCUAUGUGGAGCAGCAGAUUGCCAACGUCUCCAUGCAGAGGAACUGUGAAGGCUACGAGCUGGAGCUCGCUCGUCUGGCCGAGGAGCUCAGGCACAUCCUGCCAGCCCCCAUAGUGAACAUCACCGUCAACACACAGUUCAGAAACUUCUCAAGUCAAGUUCCUCUACCUGUGUGGUGCGGCCGCAUCUCGGGCAUCGUAAAGAGCAUGUCUCUGCUCAUGACCAACCUGACAGACCAGCCCUACUGUAAGAUGCCCAACACCGAGCUGGUCACCGUGUUCUCUCAGACACCAGAAAGACAGAACUCCACCAGGGGACGCAGGGAGAGGAUAGAGGAUGAAAUCCAUCAGUUUGGGGUGUCUGUGAGGACUCUAAAGUAUAAUUUUGAGACAGAGAACUCACCUUUGUCAGAUGAGCCGGAGGAGGCUGUCGUGUUAAGUUCUUCCACACAGCUCGAGGCCACGGAGUCAGACAAACAGCCUAAAGUCUUGGGUCUAGCCCCAGAAACAGACCAAAACAGCGACUCCGGCAUUGACUAUGAUGAAAAUGUUGCAGAUGUUCUAGAGACCACCAGCCUUAGAAAGGAGCGUAUAGUCGUGUUGUUCUUAGGCCACUGGAAGAAGUCUGCCUACACUGUGACACUGAAGAGCAAGGACGCAGCAGAGAGGAAGAUGAGUGGCAGGAACCCAGGGACGGGCGAAAAAUUGGGGUCAGGUUGCAGGAGCAGCGUGGAGAGUGCCCAAUCAAAGAUGAUGAACAGCUCUCUGGGACACUUCUUCAAGCAGAGGAGUGCUGUCAACAAGAUGCUGGGGAACUGGAGGAGCAUGAUCUCCAGUGUCCCGUCCAGACAGAUACGCAGGCUGCACAGGCAGACAGCCCUCUACUCCCCAGAGCAGUUCCUACCUCGUCUGGAUGGCGUGUUGGUGGAGUACGACAACCUGACCCUGGAUCUCUUCAUGCUGGGCUACUUCCACAUCCUGGAGUUGGAGCUGCCUGUAGACGAACGCAAAAUGAGACACCUGUUGUGUUUUGAGGUGUUCGACCACGUGGGGAGCUUUCCCUGGGAGCUGGUCCGGGACUUCCAUAAGGCUGUCAUGCAGGACAUUGAGGCUGGGAACCGCGAGUGGAAGGACGGCUUUGAGGACAUGAAAGUGAAGUUCUUUGGAAACACUGCGAGUCAUUCUGAAAUCACUGUAGAAGUGGUUAAACAUAUCCUCCCAGAGGUUAGACAGGUCCCUAAAGUCAUUGUGCAGACACCUACACCUGACGAGGGGAUGCUCCACAGUGGAACUGACAUUUCCAGUUUUAGCAAUGAAGAAAUUUGUAAAUACAUCGACCGCAGUUUUGCUUUUUGGAAAGAGAAAGAGGCAGAGAUUUUUGAUUUUGAGUAGUCAUCUUUUUGAUAUUUUUGUAUUGUUUGUAGUCAGAUUACAUUAGGGCUGGGUAUUGAACGUAAACACUGUUUGAAUUGUGAUCUUAUUUGUUGUUGUAAUGUCAACUAUCAAGUACCGAAAGCUAGCACAGAAUGCGUAGCCAGUUUCUUUGCCAUGUUUACUAAUUUCAUUAGAUAUUGCCUGAUUUUAAUUAUAAUUUUGUAGAUUUUAUACUGUGUUUUAUUGUGUUAAACCAUUACACUCUUAUGUUGUUAAAUAGUAAUAUAAGUAUCUAGUAGUUUUUUGGUACUGUUAUUCAAAGUCAGGUAUCAAAUUGCCGAUAGAUUUCAAACCAUACCCAGCCCUAUUACUAAAGCCCGAGUACUAGUGUGUGUUCCUGAAAGUAAACAUCUUCCCAACAUAACCAAGAAUCUUUGAUUUGGCAUGAAGAGUUCAAGCAAUAUUACAAAAUGAAUCAUUACAUACAGUAGAUACCUAAUUUCAUUACUUGUAAGACUGACCUUGAUUAUUCACUUAUUAACUUAUUGUAAAGAUACAUUUCACUGACAUAACAUCUUCUUUUCAUUUCUGACCUUUUUAACAUGGAUAGAUUACUGAACGGGCCGGCCAGGCACAGCCCAGGGGCACAAAGGUGCAGGGGGCCCUCUGGCUUUCACCUGCAAAAUGUCACUCAAAGAGACACAUACCAAGCAGGAAGACUCAAAAUGACCACAAAGAAACAUAUAGCAACUACAAAGAGACUCAAAAGAACUAUGAAAAGGGGCAAAACAACCAUAAAGAGACACAAAAUAACUAAAAAAAGACCAAAGCAAUUACAAUGUGAAACAAAAGACGCAAAGUAACCACAAAGAGACAACAGACAGAUGAGUAAAACAAAACAACAACAAAAAGAGGCUAAACAACUAUAGAGUCUGUUUGUAUUCUCUUAUGUAGGAGAGGUGCUGGGGCCUUUUGGAUGUCUGUGCACAGGGGACCAUUGUCUUAUAAUCCUCCCAGGGACGUACUGGUACAGAAAGUUUAUGCAGUGCCAGA